CAAUCGAAAGUAGUUUAAAAUUGAAAAAUGGCGGCCACGUUAGAAGAAGAAGAGCCUAAAGGUUCAGACGUUGUUUACGACGUGUGUUGUUCAAUCUGCGAGGAUGAUGGCAUACAUAAAGAAGGACUGUUUAAUUGUCAGAAAUGUUCGAAAUAUUUUUGUGACGGUUGUUUAUUAACGCACAAUAAAUUUCUCAAGGAUCAUUCAGUUACUGCAAAAGGGGGAGGUGACAACUGGGCUGUAACUAAAACAGAUGAUGAUACACUGGAGUUAUGUGACGAGCACACAACUGAGAAACUGACGAUGUUCUGUGAAGAUGAUGAAAAACUGCUCUGUCACGUCUGUCUACUCCGUAAUCACAAGCAAUGCAGCCAUGUAGCUCUAUUGACUGACAAGGUAAAAUCUAACUCACAAUCCUUGGGCAUAGCUCAAAUGAAGACAAGCAUCAAUACAUUAAUGGAACGUCUAGAGGAAAUGGUGAAAAUUGGAGAACAAAGUGUUAUGUCUCUCCAAACGUCAUACGAAAAAGUGCUGGAAGAAAUAGUUGAUGUACGUCGACUGAUCAACGACAAUCUAGACCGACUACAACAAAAUACAGAAAGAAAAUUGGAAGAGUUGAAUUGUACAUUAAAGAUUUCUUUGGAAAGUAUAAGGAAACAUUGCAUUGAAUUCAUUUCAAAGAUAAAUGGGUAUAGCAUAAUAGACAUAGGAAAAAAAUCGCCUGAGCGUUUGUUUAUUACAUACAGAAAAUGUUUAGACCAAACAACUUCGGCAGAUUUAUUUCUUCGAAAAGCAACUACAAAUGUAGCAAUUGACUUCCACCACAAUAAGGAUUUGGAACAGUUUCUUGCCUCUUGCACAGAGUUCGGAAGUAUUACCAGUCGCAAAGCGGUGUCACAUCACGUCGUUGACCCUAACACGGUUGUAAGCAUUAAGGAUAAGUCGCAAUACAACGUGCAAACGGCGACUGAUAAGGGCCCAUGUAUCAUUGCAGGUAUAUGCGAGUUGUCCAAUGGAGAAUUUCUAAUUGCUGACAAUAAGUAUAAGUGUGUGAAACUCCUUGAUCGGGCGUACAAUUUGAAAGAGCAAAUGCAACUACCCUUUUAUCCGAAAGCAAUGUGUAAUUUAUCCAUCAAUGAGGUGGCGUUGAUUGUUAGUGACGGUGCCUCAGUUAACGAGAUUCAUUUCUUACGAGUCGAUAAAGGGAUGAUUGUAAAGUUUAAUACUCUGAAACUGAACCAUUUGUGUUACGGUAUUGUGAUUCACCAGGGCUACCUGUUUGUAACGUCCGGCACUGCAGUGUGUCAAUACACCAUGGAUGGGCGGCUAGUGAAGAAGUUAUAUGAGGAUAAAUCAGAAGGAUGCACCGGUAACUUGCUAUUUAUAGGUGUUGGAGUGAGUCCUGAUGGCAAGAAGAUCUAUGCGACGGUUGGCGACAAUGGCAAGCUUCUCACACUGACCAGGGAUGGAGCAGUCUCAGCCACGCUCGAGGAUCCUGCAUUAAGACCGUCCUUUCAAAUGCCUAACUUACACGUGGCAGCCACAGGACAUGUGUUUGUCAUAGGAAAGCAAUCUAUAAGUCAAGUUGACACGAUCGGCAAGAAUGUUCUCACUACGAUACAACUUGAUAUGUCCAACCCUAGAUCUGUUUACUUCAAUGAAGACACAAGAAAGAUGAUCGUUGGAUUUUUUGGCAACAACAACAUCUUUGAGUUCAAAACAUAGGAUUCCUGAUUCUUCUUUUGUUAUAUUUUAGAACGUACAAACUCGUUUCAAGCAUAACAGUUCAUUGUAAUAUUAGUACUGAUUUUUAUGCCCCCGAAGGUGGGCAUAUAGUGAUCGCACUGUUCGUCUGUCUUUGCGUCAAACUUUUGCGUUAAGGUUUCAAAAAAUGCUCAUAACUUCUAUGUUGCUUCAGAUGUAACCUUCAUACAUCUGUAUAUGGACAAGGCCUUUCCAAACGCACACUUUUUUACCCCCUUGCCCUUGCUUGAACUUAGGGUCCGCUUUUAGGUUUCGAAAUCUGCGUUUAUGUUUCGAAAAAGCGUUUUUCGGGGGCAUAUGUCUUCCGAUGGAGACUGCUCUUUUUUUUUUACCUUUUGGACUAUUAUCAGAACGGAUAAACUUUUGUAUCAUUGUGACAUUCAUACUAAUUAUUUAGUGUCUAGUUUGAAGUUUUAUAUUUAAGUACAUAACCAUUAUUAACAUAGAACAAGUUUUGGUUUUUUCGCUGUUUAACUUCCUUUUUCAAAAUUUAACGAUUCUUUCUGACUCACAAUUAUUAGCAACAUUAAGUUUCCGACCAUGACAUGUUCUCUGCAUUGCUUCCUUUCUACGUUGUUUGUUUUCCACAUCGCCAUUAUUAUGUUUGUGCAUAUCGUUCGUUUCAUUUCUUUCUGCUAAUUGUAAUUGUAACCCCACGUUGUGUUUUCAGGAUAUAAAUACUUUUGUGUGAUUUAUAAUAAGACGUAAUGUAUUGUAAAUGUUUUAUUUUAGUAAUUUGCAUGAUAUUAUUGUCUAUGAAAGUCAGUUAUAUAUGUUGUAAAACAAUAAACAUUGGAAAAAAAACACGAUUGUAUUU